UCCCCCUUAGACGUACACACAUCUUCCUGGCGUUUUCUAGAUAGAUCUCAUUCAUUCCGACAUGCUGACGCACAUCCACGUGAGCCCUGUAGCCGCGCCUCAGCCUUCUUCGACCAUUUCCCCGCAACCUCCAGGCGCAACCGACCACGAAGAACUCCUGCCUACGCCCAUGGUCCUCGUCUAGCACGACACGCGUCCGACUCCGCGCUGGUGCCAUGGCUGAAACGACCUUCAACGCGGGCAUCAGCGCCCGGAACGCCAUCGCUGCGCCGUACGCCGCGCCCGGCGGCACGAACAACUUUUACUUCGCCAACGACGGCCCCGACCCGUCCCGCAAGCCCUUCUCCAACGUCCCCUUCCCACCAGAUCCAGACUUCGUCGAGCGGCCUCGAAUCACCGAGUGGCUGCGCGACAAAUGCGGACGGCCGGCCGGCCGCGCCGCUCUUGUGGGAUUGGGCGGCAUCGGGAAAUCACAACUGGCCGUCAGCUACGCCCACGAGGUCCGGCAGGGCGCGCCGGACACGUACGUCUUCUGGGUGCACGCAGGUACCAGAGAACGGUUCGAAGAGGCGUAUCACGCCAUCGCGAACGGGCUGCAGCUGCCCAAUCGGACCGGUCCUGAUGCCGACGUCGUCCGGCUAGUGUAUGAUUGGCUGUGUGCCGAAGAGAACGGGAAGUGGUUGAUGAUUGUCGACAACGCCGACGACGUCAACGUUUUCUAUCCGAAGCCGAAUGCCGUGCAGAGCGGCUCCAUGGCCUCCACAACACGUCAGCCGCUUGCGUCCUUUCUGCCGCAGAGCAUCAACGGAAAGAUCCUGGUAACGUCACGCAGCAGGGACGUCGCCGAGCGGCUGACGGGCAGUAGCUGGAACGUCCUGUCCAUCAACGCCAUGGACGAAGAUCAGGCACACCAGCUACUCCGAAACAAACUCCAAGAGGCCCAUGACGAAGAAGUGGCGGCUGAAUUGCUUCAGGCCCUCGAGUACAUGCCCCUGGCCAUCACACAGGCAGCCGCGUACAUCCUCCGACGGGCACCUAGGAUGUCUCCGUCUACGUAUCUGGCCGAUUUCCGGAAAAGCGAGAAGAAGAAGGCGAGCCUGCUUCACAGGAACAUGGGUGACCUCCGACGAGACCCAAGCGCCUCGAACUCGAUCGUUACGACAUGGCAGAUGACAUUCGACAGCAUCCGUCAAGAAAGACAGUCGGCAGCCGACUUGCUUGCCUUCCUGAGCUUCUUCAACCCACAAGGGAUCCCGGAGUGGAUACUUCUGAGCUACCAUCGUAGCAAGGGGGAUAUAAGCAAAACCGAGACUAUCAUAAAUAAUGAUUCACUAAGGAGCCGGGACGACCGGGAAGUUGACAGCCGCUAUGGCAGCGAAGCCGACAGCGACCAUGACAGUAAAAGUGUCAGAAACGACAGCAGUGAAGACGACAGCAGUGAAGACGACAGCAGUGAAGACGACAGCGAGGUCGACGAGUUUGAGGACGAUCUCAACAUGCUCCGCGAAUUCUCGCUGGUAACAACCACCACGCAGGAGGGCGUGUUUGAGAUGCACCCACUGGUACGGCUCUGCACACAAAUCUGGCUCUCCACGACUGAAAACGUACGGAAGUGGAGACGGAUAUUUCUGCAUGUCAUGUCACGAGAGUACCCAACUGGAGCAUUUGAAACUUGGGCAAGAUGUCAGGAAUUGAGCUUUCAUAUUCAAUCAGUUGUCAACGACAAGCCUGAGAAUAAGGAUGAUCUCACAGAUUUUCCACAACUUUUAUAUCGCAUGGGGUUGUACAAAACAAUGAUGGGUAAGUACAAAGAGGCAGAGCAGUUAAUUCAGCAGGCUUUGAAAGCAUUUGAGAAGGCAUUUGGCAAAGAGCAUGUUGAAACGCUUUGGAGUGUUGACUGUCUUGCUAUAGUGUUACAGCACCAGGGAAGACUUGAAGAGGCAGAGCUGAUGAUUCGACGGGCUCUAGAAGGCUUUGAGAAGGCAUUUGGCAAAGAGCAUAUUGAAACGCUUAGGAUUGUUGACAAUCUUUCUGCAGUGCUGUACUCCCAGGGAAAACUAGAAGAGGCAGAGCAAAUGUUUCGACAGGUGAUAGAAGUCAAGGAGAAGGCGUUGGGCAAAGGGCAUCGCGAAACGCUUCACAGCGUCUGGUGGCUGGCUUAUGUCUACGAACAGCAAUCCCGCCUCGAAGAAGCUUAUGAGCUAUAUCAAAGGGCUUCAAAUGGGUAUAAAGUCUUUGAGCCAGACGAUCCUGUUUUGAAGAAGCUCAAGAAGUCGAUUCUCUCCUUUGAGUCUAGUAUUACUCGUCGAGAAGGAUGUUGGAUUAGGAACCAAUGAGCUAGGAUGUAGUCUAACCAAACACUGUUCAACCAUUUCGGGCUUUAUUGCACUACUCUUCAGAUGAUAUGUCCAUAUGCAACACAGCUAUAAGAACAACCCCUGGUGGGGUUUUCGGAUCAACUCUCUACAUCCAUACGAGGACCUGUUUCUGGAGGGCCCACUGGUACAAGCGGUGAGGCG